GUAUCACCGCGCCCGUUCGAUCAGUCAGUCUGCAGUCAGAGUCCGGUCGCCGAACGCAUUAGGCAAUAUACCUAGCUGGUAUCCGCCGCAGACGUAUAAUAUUACGUAUAUAUCGUUGUCGAUAUAUACAUAUAAUAUCAUCAAUAUCCAAAGCUCUAUAUACGCACGCCGAGAGUCGAUCGAGUCUGCCGAAAUACAAGCGAUCGGCCGUCAGUCGUCGGUGCACUGGGAAUCGCGAGCGGACGUCAUCGACACACGUCGCAUAACAUACCAAAUACACGAUAACUGCAUCACGAGACACCGUCGUAGCACACCGUCAAGUCCGUGACGUACAACAAAGUCGUCCCCGCCCGGCGCAAAAAUAUUUGAUAAGUUGUCGUGUAUUACAUAUAAACGCGCGGACCGCCACAGCAGUCAGUCGUCGCACCAGACAUGGACAAGCAACAGGAAGCCGCGGUCGCAGCAGCCGGUUCACCGUCCGAAGACAGCAUCAGCAUGAAAACGGAAUAUCCCACGCACGAGGUGUACGUCUCCGAACCACCACCGGCGUACAAACUCAAAACUCGACCGACUGCUGUCCAAAUAGCGAGAAUAGCAGCAUUCACUGUGAUCGCCUGCUCGUUCAUACUUGGAUCAUUCAUGCUAGCUGCCGCUUGGUUACAGGCGAACGCGUCCUGCUCGCAGUUAAUGCACGCCGAAGCACUCCUCAGACAGAGUGAAGAAGCUGUAGACCGUCCACAGUAUCAGGCACUGGUCGACCCUUUGCAAUCAGACGAGACAUCUGAUUCGAAACAAGAGGAGCUUCUCGUACACCAGCAAUCAACCAGGAAUGCCGAGAAUCCAACCACCGGUAAUAAUGAUCAACAACCAGCUGCGCCAGUUCAAAUUAAGCUGCCAUUGGAAUUAGAUUUCGACGAAAUCGUUGGUGCUUUACUCGAGAAAAAUCAACGUUCACGGAUGAACUGUGUGAUCGAGAAGAAACGCGCCGAGGAGGUCAUGGACCACCAACCGAAAACGUUGCGUCUGCCAUUCGGCGUGAACAUUACCACUGAUCCUCGUUUUGAGCAUGUUACGGGUGAACGAUUAAGUAUCGUUUGCGAGAGUGGACACGACGAGAGACGAGCUCCAAAUCCAGUGGAACAAAUGCAACAACAGCCAUCUAUGAUGAUGCCGAUGCCAAUGGGCGCUAACCCGAUGACCCAUUUACCGAGUAUGAUGGGACCACCUCCACCACCCCAUCAUAUGCCACAUCCUCACCAUCAUCAAGGUCAAAACGGACCAAUCCCGUUGGCCUUGAUUGCCAGAAUUAACGCUGACAUUGACAAUCAGCUUCAAAUGCAAGAGCAACAACAGAUCGAAGAGCACAUCAUUCCCAUCUUCCAACAGCUGUUACCCGAACUGAGACCAGCGUCCGAUAACCACCACGAACACCAACAACACCAUAAACAAGAAGCCGAGGACAGAGCCAUGCCCAACAAAGUUCUAUAUCAUCCAGCGAUGGCUGAAGGAAGACCCAUGUACACCGUUGCUAUAUCCGACAAGCCAAGCGGAGACGGUCCAAUGAUGCACCAAGCUAUGCCUUCCGAAUCUGUGCGCCAGAAUGUGCCCAUGUUCCAAAGGGUACCUAUUCACGUGCCUAUGUCCAUGAUGAUGCCACCAGGUGCCGGACAAUCGGUCCAACAAGAGCCAAUCGACGAACCCAAACCAGAUCUUCGUCCACACUUUGUACACCCACGUUCAGUUGAGUCAGUUCAAGAGAUCAACCAAAAUGAAGAGAUAGAUUCUAGAAAAUGAAUUUUACAAUUUGGCACACAUUUAAUUUUACAUUAAAAAAAGAGUAAAUCUUUUGUUAAUGUCGGUAGAUUCUUAAAAUAAGCCCAAAUUGACAUUAGGAUUACAAGAAUCAAAUAACAAUUAAGCUUAAAGAAUUUUUAUGGAUAUUUGAUAUCAAGAAAACAGUGUAUUUGGUAUACAUACAGUAUAUAUAUUUGAUUUUUGUUUACAACAUAGUAUUUUAAGUUUUGUUAAUGUUAAUUGUGAUAGAUUAAUAGAUUAUUAUAACAUUUAUAGUUUUGCUUUCAAAUAAAAUCUAUAUUAAAUUUUGUUAA